AUGAGUUUAGUGUCUCGAGCACCGCAACACGUCCAAAGAGAGGACGUGAUGACCACCAUUGGCCAAUUAAAGGUCCAAGGCGUGGGUCUGACCAUGUCGGUAAGCCGCGACAGCAAGUCGGACCGCCAAAAACGGUCGGGAUCAGUAGGGGCGGAGCUCCCUGCUGAUUCAGCAACGUCAAGAGAACUCGCAGGACUCUUGACGAAGAUUGCUCCCAACACACAGGCGCUGUGUGUUACUGCCCCUAGUGAUGAGGAGUCUCUCAUCACUUCGAAGAUCGAAGUGACACGUUGA